UUCGAUCAGUCAGUGAACUCCCAACCGCGGUCAAAAUGAGAACUCUAACUCUACUCGUUUUGUGUUGUCUCACAGCCGUUCAGUGUUGUCACAAAAAAAGGGAAACCUCUUCUUCCGAAGUGAGUGACGUUAAUGAUGAAACCAACGUCGCUGUCAAAUCUAAGGAGCCCCUUUUCUUAACUCCCUACAUCGAGCAAGGCUUCAUUGAAGAAGGACGUCGAGCUGCUGAGGUUAAUUCUGAGUUGUUUUUGAAUACGACAUCCUACAGUGGAUUCUUCACGGUCAAUUACACGUACAACAAGAAUUUAUUCGGAUGGUUCAUCCCUUCCAAGAAUCCUGACGAUCCUAUCAUGUUAUGGCUUCAAGGUGGACCAGGUUUAACCUCCAUGUUUGGGCUGUUCGCAGAAAUGGGACCGUUUAAAAUAGAAAACGACACUCUUGAACUGAGAGAAACUUCGUGGACCAACGCCCACAGUAUUUUAUACAUCGAUAAUCCAGUAGGAACCGGUUAUAGUUUCACGGAAGAGAAAGGUUUGGCACGUGACGAAGUCCAGGUGGCUGAGGAACUAUAUGAGGCUUUGAGGCAGUUUUUCCUGCUGUUUCCAGAGAUACGUCAGAACGAGUUUUUCGUGGCUGGGGAGUCUUACGCUGGUAAAUACGUCCCAGUGAUUGCCCAUGCCAUUUUCAAGAAAAACGAGAAUUUACCCGACUCUUUCAAGAUCAAUUUGAAGGGGGUGAUAAUUGGAAACGGAUGGUUAGACCCGGUGAAUCAGAUGGAUAUUGGGGAAUACGCUUUUCAACAUGGUUUGGUGGAUAUAAACACGAAAACCACGAUGGACCAAUACAGAGACGAAUCCAUUGUCCUCUUGCGUCAAGGAAAGUUCGUAGAAUCUACUCUGGUCCAGCGGAAAAUAUCCAGCCUGCUGAAGAACGCCAGCGGUUAUGAAAACAUGUACAAUUACCUCUAUCCAGGCAAACAGCAAACGGAAGCCAUCAUGACUAAUUUCGUGCAAAAACCGGAGGUCAGAACAGCCAUCCACGUGGGAAACUUGACGUUCAAUCCUGACGAACCCGUGGACACAGCAUUGCUAGGCGACGUGAUGAUAUCCGUGGCAGAUAAACUGAUAGAUCUGUUGGCCAAUUUAAGGGUUCUGAUUUAUAGCGGACAAUUGGAUCUGGCCGUCCCUUAUCCCACAACUGUCAAUUACCUGCUAAAUUUGAAAUUCGACUCGGCCGAAGAAUACAGAGUGGCGACUAGGGAUAUUUGGUACAGGGAUGGAGGGAUAGCGGGUUACGUCAAGCGGGCGGGAAAUUUGACGGAAGUGAUGGUUAGGAAUGCUGGACAUUUGGUGCCGUCGGAUCAGCCGGAGGUUGCUUUCGAUUUGAUAAGGGCGUUCACCAGGAACGAAAAUAUUACGAUAUCGAUUUAGCGAGAAACGCCUUGUGUGAACUAAGUGGAGAUUUGUUAUUUUACAUCGUGAAUGUCAACAAAUACUUAAUAAAAUAUUUGGUAUUACGUAUA